AUGGCUUACCCUACCUAUGGGAGGUUAGAGGCACAGCUAGGGACUCUGAGGUUCAGUGUGCUCUUCUUGGGAUCGGGUAUUUGUGGCAACCUUCUCUCCUCGGCUGGUCGGGUCUCGGGUGUUGGAGCUAGUACUGCUUGCUAUGGCCUCAUAGGAGCGGAUUUAGCUGUGUCUUGGAUAAUGUGGCCACAUUUUGAUGAGGAGCUCAAGGUUAGAGCCAUGCAACAGUUGAAAGCGAUGGCGAUUGGUUUGAUGAUGUGGGAGAUGCUCCUGCAUGGUGCAGUGGAUCAUCUUGGUCAUCUUGGUGGAUUGAUCGGAGGUCUGUCUAUCAUGCCUCUCAUAGUUCUACGUUCUAAUACGGUUGAUGAUCAUAGGCUGAGAAUUACUCGAUUUGUCGGAGGGUUCGCGUUGACAGCCGUCAUUAUUAUCUGUCUAGCGGCUAUUAUCCUAGCGGGUCGCGCUGCUCAUGGGUCUGCUGAGGAUGAUUACUGUGCAAAGCUGUAUAACAGAUGA